UGGUCUAGUUCCAACAUCAAACAUUCACUGCAUUCUUGAGCAACUCCGCAAUUAUCCUCUCUCCAACGACCUCAUAUAGAACCAAAAUGACAGCGGCAGUCGACGCCAGCACCAUCUUCCGUGUCGACGGCAUCGUAGCCGUCAUCACCGGCGGAGGCAGCGGAAUCGGCCUCAUCAUGACGCGUGCCCUCGCCACCAACGGCGCUCACAAAGUCUACAUCCUCGGCCGCCGCCAGGAAGUCCUCGAGCGCGCCGCCGCCGAGUUCCCCGGCACCGUCAUCCCGCACCCAGCCGACGUGACCUCCAAAGCCGACCUGCAAGCCGCAGUCGACCGCAUAAAAUCCGAAGUCGGCUAUGUCAACCUCGUCAUCGCCAACUCCGGCACCAUCGGCCCCGCCGCGCGCUUCAACCCGGCUGCCUCCAUUUCCGAGCUGCGGCAGACCUUAUUCACCGACUUUGACAUGGAGGGGAUGAACGAGACGCUGAAUUUGAAUGUGACUGCGGCGUUUUUGACAAUGACAGCGUUCCUCGAACUGCUGGAUGCAGGAACGCAGAAUGCCCUGCGGGGCGGGUUCGGGAAGCCCUUCCGCGAAGGCAGCGAUGUACCCUCCAUUCAGAGCCAGGUGAUUUUCACGUCGAGUAUCUCGGCGUUUAGCCGGCAUUUUAGCUCCUCGCCGCCGUACUUGACCAGCAAGGCUGCUAUAAUGCAGGUGACGAAGCAUGCGAGUACGCAGUUGGCGCGGUUCGGGAUACGCGUGAAUGCGCUCGCGCCGGGGAUCUACCCCUCGGAGUUGUCUUCAGUGCUGGUUCAGACUCGCAAGCCGGAAGAGGAGGCCGUGGAUGAUCAGCGGUUCAUCCCUGCGCGCAGGUUUGGGGGAGACGAGGAGAUGGCGGGGGCGAUUCUGUAUUUGGCGAGUCGCGCGGGGGGCUUUUCGAAUGGGUCAAUUUUGAUCACCGAUGGGGGCAGAUUGUCUGUCAUGCCGGGGACCUAUUAG